AUGGACCUAGAAUCAGGAGCAAAUAGUCCUAGGAUCAGAAACAGAUAUGAUAAAUAUUUAUGUUUUCCAGAUCUGGCUGUGGGCCUCUUCAGUGUAUUGACGGACAUCGUUUGGAGAACAACAGUAGAGUUCCAUAUUGGUAACAUCGGAUGUAAAAUAGUCAAAUAUCUGCAGUUUCUAGUUACUUAUUCCUCCACUUACGUCCUGGUGGCGCUGAGUAUUGAUCGUUAUGACGCCAUCAUUCAUCCAAUGAAAUUUUCCGGAGGAUGGAAACGGGCUCGUGUGCUUGUUGUAAGCGCGUGGGGGUUGAGUGCUUUAGCCUCAACUCCUGCACUGUUCUUCUAUAACGAAGCCAAGAAGGGCGACAAGCUACAGUGCUGGAUCGAGUUCCAACAUUGGGAAUGGCAACUCUAUUUCACUCUGGUUUCCGUUUCGGUUUUCUUUCUGCCCGCUCUGAUAAUUUCCCUUUGCUACACAGUCAUCGUGUGUACGAUCUGGAAGAAAAGUAGACCCAUAAAGUCAUCAAAAGGUAGGAAACGAGCAACACAGUCAUUGUCUGUACGAACUGGACCAAACGUGGACCCAUAAAGUCAUCAAAAGGUAGGAAACGAGCAACACAGACAUUGUCUGUACGAUCUGGACCAAACGUGGACCCACAACGUCAUCAAAAGGUAAGAAACAAACUAUACAGUCAUCAUCUGUUCUAACUUGUGUUACUUAUCAUUUUAAAAUUCCGUUUUUCAUUGUUUGUUUGUUUGUAGUUAAGCGCAAAG